AAUGAGUAGUCACUGAGAGCAAGUGUUCUCUGUUUUCCACCUUCACUGAUGCUACCUUCCAUCUGCAAUGGCCACCACCCAUCCCCACCGCCACCUCCACCUCCACCUCCCCUCUUCUUACCCACUUCCACCAUAUUUACCAUACUACCCUUCUCUUCUCUCCUCCCCCACCAAACCUAGGUCUUGCAAGAUCCUCUGUUGCCUAUCAAUAAAGCAUUCGAAUGACAGCCAAAUUUCCACCAGCAACACCCACAACCACAAGCAACAAACCAGCAAUCUCCGGGUGGUGUUCGCGGCUGGUGAGACUGGUGGACAUAUAAUACCUGCUGUGGCCAUAGCUGAUGAGCUCAAAAUCGCAAACCCCAACACCGAAUUCCUCUUUAUAGGAACCCCAAACAGCAUGGAAAGCGCUUCCAUCCCUUCCGCCGGAUAUCCCUUCUCUUCCAUCCCACCUGUAAGGUUGUAUCGCCCACUCUUCUCCCCUCGAAAUCUUUCCCUUCCCUUCCAUUUGAUUCAAUCAACGAUCCAUAGCUUCAAGCUUCUUCGAGAUUUCAAUCCUCAUAUUGUUGUAGGCACGGGGGGCUAUGUUUCUUUCCCUACUUGCCUUGCUGCUUUGUUUAGAGGACUCAAGGUUGUGAUCCAAGAACAGAAUUCUGUUCCGGGCAUUGCCAACUAUCUGCUUUCCUUUUUGGCUGAGGUUGUUUUUGUGGCUUAUAAUUCCACUGUUGAGUGUUUUCCCAGGAAGCAUAAGUGUAUGGUCUGUGGGAAUCCUGUAAGAUUAUCGUUGAGGCAAUUUGUCUCAAAGGCAGUGGCUAGGAAGGAAUUCUUUCCGAGGGCUGGAGGGAAGGAAGAGGCUAAGGUUAUUUUGGUGCUUGGAGGGUCUUUUGGGGCCAAUACUAUUAAUAUUGCAUUGUUGAACUUGUACAGCCAAAUGUUGCUUGAACAUAAGAAUUGGUUUAUUAUAUGGCAAACGGGGGUUGAGGCUUAUAAUGAAAUGGAAAGCCUUGUUAGGAUCCAUCCACAUUUAUUUUUGACACCGUUCUUGCAUUCAAUGGAUUUGGCGUAUGCUGCUGCAGACCUUGUUGUCUCUAGGGCAGGUGCAAUGACAUGCUCUGAGAUCUUAGCUACUGGGAAACCCGCUAUUCUGAUACCAUCACCAAAUCUAGAGGAAGGACAUCAACUAAGAAAUGCUUCUCUGAUGGCGGACGUAGCAGGUUCAAGGGUUAUAACUGAAGAUGAGCUAGAUUCUACUACGUUGGGAACCACAAUUGACGAGAUUAUAGCAGGAGAUGAGGCUGUAAUGGCAGACAUGUCAGAAAGGGCUCUGAAAGCUGCAAAGCCUGAUGCCUCUGCAGAAAUCGCACGGCACAUUCUUUCCCUGGUCGAGGCAUCAACUAAGAAGAAGUAGCAAUAAGUUUGCUUGAUGAAUGAAAUUAAAUAUUUUCUACUUGAUAAAUUACACUUGCUAUAAAGCUUUAUGGUACAAGAAUGUUCUCUAUUUUGGCUGUCGCAUUUUUCACCGGAAUUAAAUUUCUAUCAAAAGCUAAGAAUGCAUAAUCCUCUUAGCAAUUGUUAUGGUUAGAAUCAUGGUAUAAUUUUAGAGUGGAUGCUUCUAUAUGCAGUGAUCUCAUUUAGGGUAGUUAUAGGGAUAUGUUCUGUUUCUUUCCUUUGUGCAAUGAAGUGACUCAUUGGUGCUUGUGAUCAUUUGAUAUGCAUAGUUAAAGAUUUAAUUUGCUGAAGUGCUUCA